AAACAAUUAAAAUAAUCCGACUACAUGACACAUCACACUUUUUUAUCAUGUGAAAAAAAAAUAUCUUAUAAAACUUCACUCCAUAACGAGUACCGUCAAAUAGUUAUUAUUUUAAAAAUUAUCGUUUUAAAUCAAUGUACAUUUAUAUUUGUAUCUCACCAAUAUCGAAUAUUGAUGCUAAAAGAUAUCUAUAGUGUUGGGCCCGUGCUGACACGAGUCAUGCUCCUCUAGUAUAUUUAUAUGGUUUGCAUAUAAAUACAUGGCCCAUUUAAGAGCUCGAUGGAUCAUCCAGAUUUGAUGAAGUGGGUAUUACCCGGAUCCGGAUCCACUCUUCCAAAUUGCAAGAACCCAGGCCCCUUAAACCCCUCAAUUUCAGACCUUAUCUUUCAUGGCAGUUUGAGUAUUUCUGGACAACCCAACUUCCCUGCUAUCAUGGCUUUCAACCUCAAUUCUGCGGGCCCCAAUGCUUUUCAGAUUUUACCACCGUUGACUAAGUCUAAUGUGUGCAUUUUGAGCAUCAGAUCAAAUGGGGCACGUACAAUCUCAAAACCUAAAAUAAUCUGCAAUAUGAACAUAGCAGCUGGACGACCAGUUGAACCUCACAAAUUUAACUUUCAGAACGUAAUAGACCAGGCAAGGAAAUUGUGGGACAGCACUCCUGCUCCAGUCAAGAGUUUCCCUUGGAAUAGAGCUCGGGACAAUUUUGUUCAACUUAUUCUUGACAUUGUUUUGACAGUUACCAAAUACUUAUAUGUACCAGUACUUGUAGUUACCUCGAUCAGUGAGUUGUCUUACUGUGCACAUGAAAGGAAGCUUUACAUCACCCUGUUUCCUUUUCUUGUCGGUGUUGCUAUUGCUGGCAUCUUAAAGACAGCAGCUCUUGAGUCAUCUCCAUAUCUCAAGAAUGUAGAAGUUCCUUGGCAUUUGAUUGGCAUUGGCCUUUUCUUCACACUGCUAAAGUUGCCGGGACCAUAUUAUCCAUAUUGGGGUCGAGUUUUUAUUCCACACCUUGCAAAUGGCGCGUUGUUCAGAACUUUGUGGUUUGCUUUCCUCUGGUACAGAAGGCCUAGGAAGUUGGUAGAAACAACGCAGCCUGAUUCAGUAGCUGCUGAUCCUGAACAGAAGGGGCUCUAACUUUUUGGCGACAAAGUAUUUGAACCGGGGCAAAUCUCUACUUUUGGCAAAUUGUACCGCAGCAAUCAAUUGUCUGGCUAUUGGAUCAACAAGUUUGAAGAUAUUGAUUUUCACUUUAAGAGGGGCUUUGGCUUUUAGUUCUAGUGAAGAAAGUGAAAUCUUCUUUGCGGUCAGAAAAUAGGUAUAGCAAUUAAUAAUUUUCAUUGUAAACAUUUUCGGAUUUAUCUUCAAUGUACUCAUCGUUUCAAAGAAGUGUCUCCCUUCUUUAUUGCUUGUA